AUGCCUCCGGUGCAACACGGCUACUCGCGAGGCCCCAGCUGCUUCGAGAGGAUAAAGUACGGCGCCAUGAUUGGGUUCGCCGUGGGGAUUAGCACGGGGGCGAUAUUUGGAACAUUCGGUGGUAUUCGUUACGGACUCCGCGGACGCGAGCUGCUCACUCUGCUAGGGAAGACGAUGCUACAGACUGGAGGGACGUUUGGAGUGUUCAUGGCAAUAGGCAGCGGGAUAAGAUGUUCGUGA